GGUUAUUAAGUCUUCUGGUAGCUACAAGUGACAGUGAUACACACCAAAGUGUUUGUUAGAGGAGCGUGAAAAACUUACCGUAUAGAAUCAGUGGUCACGAAAUUAUCAUGUAGAGCGCACAGGUCCGGUGUCAUAAACUGAAUUGUUGUUUGGAGACAAAACUAUAGGUGGCGCUUUUCCAAGAGAGAUUUCUUUAUUCGUGUUGGUGCUAGUAGAGUGCUAACGAGUAUUUUAUUUUAAAAGGGGCACAGGUAAAAUUAAAUAUCUGAAUGCACAUACACAAUUAUUAAUAGACAGAUGUUGGCAGUCAUAAACAGUAUUUCUCUACAGCAUAAUAUCUGAAAACAACUGAUAGACGGGUAGAUAAAUUUCAUCUUCUUCACAACAAAACUGGUUGCAGCAGUUCGGGACUUGAGAAGAUUGCAUUCCUCUCUCCACUAGUAUGGGAAUUGACAUGAGCAGACUGGCUUCUUCAAACCAACAGAUAUGCCAAGAGGGGCACCUGCUGAUCCAUAUGAAGAUGGAUGUUAUAACAAGAGAGGAUGGACAACAGACUUUGACUUUAAGGUGUUCUUUAUGUGAAAGUGUGUUAAAGAUGAGUGAUGUCAGUAGAUCUCCACUCCUGAAUUGUCCAGUAGUAACUGCUGCAGGUCAAACUUUGCAAAAUAGCCAGAAAACAAAUCAAGCAGACACAAACACUUCUGAAAGAGAGUCCAGCUUUAAUGACUUUUCACAGGAUUUUGUUAAAACAGAUCCAGAUUCAGUCUGCGGUGACUGUGAAGAUGAUCUUGAUUUAGAUAUGCAUGUUGAAAGUUAUGAAAGUUUUCAGCUCAGUAAUAAGAAUUCUAGCAAUAUUGACCUUUGUGCAAAUGAGGCAGAUGUGUUGUACUCAAAGCCAAUUGACAAAACCAUUUCACCACUGUGCACUGAUGCAGUCCCAAACAGCACAGAGAAAACAAAUGAAAAGGAAAUCACCUCAACAGUGGAUAGAGGUACAAGAACACAAGAUAUUCAGCCAAGAAAUAUGGAAUCAUUUUUUAAACGUAAAAUACAGAAGAGCCCCAUUUCAGUUGAGCAGAUACCCAAGAAAACCCCAAAGCUACAAGCCAACAGGGGAACAAUUAGUGUGUCACUGAAAAGAUCUAAUCAGCAAUCUGAUAAUGAUUCAAAUAAGAAUUGCACAUCUUCUGGUCAGCCUUCUGUUUUUGCACAAAUUAGCUCCAGUGAACGUAGGUUUAAAAUUCCAUCAUGCAAGUUUUGCUUUGCUACCCACAGUGAAUUUGGACAAAGUGUAGUGUGCAGCCACAAAUGUCCUAAAACAGGUGGCACCAUUUUCAUAUGUUCAGUCUGUAAUGAGUACUACAGCAGCUGUAGUGUAGUGAUUGAAUGUGAAAGAAAACACAGACAGAUAAAUGCAACUUCCAGCAAAGAAGAAUUCAAGUGUAUAGUUUGUGAUAAGACAUUU